CUGCCCAGAUGUCAAUUGUGUCAUUUAAUUUGACAGCCGGUCUGGCAUGUGAGGUGCUCCUGCGGAACGAUUGUUUUCAACCAUAAGUCAGGAUGAAUUUUCUGAAACAAACCUUUGCAAUCACAAAGCAACUCGCCUGCAAUGUUUUGAAUACAUCGAUUACCUCCUCCUCCACAUCCACACGAUUCAUGGCAACUCUUAAUCAAAUGCACCGUAGUGGUCCGCACAUUAAGCAACGUCCCCCACGGCAACCAUUGGAUGGUAAACCUUUCGCAAAAGGUGUAAUCCUGAAAACGCUUAUCAAAAAGCCUAAAAAACCAAAUUCUGCUAAUCGAAAGUGCGUUCUCGUGAGAUUAUCCACCGGAAAAGAAAUGGUCGCGUACGUCCCCGGUAUUGGACACAACUUACAAGAGCACAAUAUCGUCUUGGUGAGGGUAGGACGUCUUCAAGAUGUACCCGGUGUUAAGCUGAAAUGUGUCCGAGGUGUUUAUGAUUUGCCUCAUGUAGUGAAGAAAACGGUGUAGAUUUAGAGGAAAACCAAAAAAUUAAAAUUAGAACAAAAUUAGUUGAGAAUGUGGAAAUAAACUAUAGAUUUUCAACAGUA